ACGACGACGGUGGGGAGGGGGAGGGGGACGCCGGCGACGAGGACAUGGCCGACGUACAGGACGCGCUGGACCUCGCCCCCGUGGUGAGGCUCACGGAGGUGGUGGUGGCCUCGCCCACGUCCGUCAAGGCGCUCUGGGACGUGCUGGACCCCGACCAGGUCGAGGGCCUCAGCAUCUACUGGUGGGCCGAGGCCGGCGCGGAGGCCAACCAGACCGACGCCGCGGACAACGCGGUGGCCCUGCAGUCCCUGACCGUGCAGACCCACGGCGGGUCGGAAGCGGCCUCCUCGUCGUCGCUGGGCCUCGGCCUCGGCCUCGGCUUCCUGGUGACGGGCCUGCGCUGCUACACCGAGUACCACUUCUUCCUCGUGCCGUUCAACCAGCAGGGCGAGGGCCGGCCCUCCAACUCGGCCAGGAUCAGGACGCUGCCUGGAGCCCCGUCCGCGCCGCCGACGCGGCUCGAGGCCACGCUCAUCAACGGCAGCACGGCGCUGGUCAAGUGGAGCGCGCCACCCGCGCACUUCCAGAACGGACCCCUGCAGAGCUACCAGGUGGUGGUGCAGGCCGGCGAGCCGCCGGAGCUGGUGAGCAACGUGACGCUGUCCGAGGACAGCGCGCUGCAGCUGCUGCUGUCCAACCUGUCGCACCACAGCGCGUACCACGUGAGCGUGGCGGCGGCCACGGCGGCGGGGCUGGGGCCCUUCAGCGCGCCCCUCACCGUGCGGCCCACCCUGCCCCUCGGCCAGCACCACAGGCACGACGCGGAGGGCGGCGGUGGCGGCAGCGAACUGCUCACCGAGACGUGGUUCAUGGCGCUGCUGGGCAGCAUGGUGGCCGUCAUGGUGCUGCUGUUCUCCGCCAUCAUCUUCCUGCACCGCCGCCAGCACCGCGCCAACAAGGAGACCUUCCUGGGCUUCUACGACUGCGGCGCCAACGGCCCCGUGCUCACCACGCCGCUGACGCUCAAGGCCUCGGAGGGCAUGCCGCACCCGCUGUCCGCGCCACUGUCGCCGCCGCUGUGCCUCGUGCCCCAGGACACGUACGGCGCCAAGUACCGCGGCGUUUCGCCCGGCGCGCACCCCCUGCACUCGCCCCGGGGCCACGUCGUCGAGGACCUCAUGCUGCCCGAGUACGCCGAGGCCAACGACGCGCAGUACGACGGCAGCAUGUCGCAAGGGUCAGCCAGCAGCAAGUCGUACUACGCCGAGGUGCGCAACCCGCACAUGAUGAGCACGUUCCAGUCCGCGGCCCACGCGGGGGCGGGCGGCUCCCACGGCGGCUCCCAGGGCAGCCAGCGCACCGGCACGGGUAGCAGCUACGGUGGCGCGGCCCCCUAUACCACCACCCCCUACGCCACCACCACUCUAGUCUGCAGUGCGCGGACGGCCAGCACCGCGCCCUGCUCGUCCGGCUCCACCAGCUGGAGCCAGGACAACGAUCGCGGGUACCCGCAGCCGUCGUACUCGGACCACGACAGCCGGCCCGGCCUGGCCAGCGCCGCGCCGCAGUGCUCCGGCCACUACGACAACUACAACAACUACGGGUCGCACGCUGGCAGCCACUCGCCGCUGGAGCACCGCGACGCCGCCGCCAGCCUGCAGCCGCGGUGUCCGGGAGGGCCGGGGUCGAACCGCUGCCAGAGCGCCGCCAGUGGAGGCAGUGGCGGCACGGCGGGGACCUUGGGCCGCGAGAACCGAAGGCUGAAGCUGUUACGGAGACAGCAGCACAACCGGCCCGGCCACGCCAAGGGGCUGCCGCCGUCCGGGACGCAGUCUUCGCAGCUCCAGCUCCUGCUGCGGUCUAGUCCGUCCAGCUCCCGCAGCGGCAGCACGCACGGCGAGGGCGGCUCGCCCCCCGAGGACGAGCACGCCGAGCACGCCGCCAUGACCCCCCUGCGCCAGGAGGCCAGCGACUACCACAAUAUUAAUUGA